GGGGAUGGCGGCGGGCGAGGCGGCCCGGGCGGACUUCGCAAGGCAUUGGCAAGCGGAGUUCCCGGGAGAACCGGCGCCCAGUAUGGAACUGGGUUCGGUACGGGCCAUGGAACGGGAGCUGGAGCGUUGCCGCCGGCACCUGCGUCGCCUACAGCGGGCGCUGGCCGAGGAACGCUUUAAAGUGGGCUACCUGGAGGCUGCCCUGGCCCGUGGUCCCCCCCCUCCGCCACCACCACCGCCACCACCGUCCCUACCCGCCGCCCCCAGUCCGCCGCCGAGCCCCGCCGGUCCACCCGCGGGCAGUUCCCCGGAGGGAGGCAGCGGCGGCAGCUCCGACGCGGAGGACGCUUUCUCGGCAGACUUCAACUAUGGUGCGGACGAGUACGACGCCGAGGGCAACGAGGAGCCCAAGGCACUGCCAGAGGGCUCAGAAACCAUGCCCUACAUUGAUGAGUCGCCCACCAUGUCCCCCCAACUCAGCGCCCGCGGCCAGGAGAGCGGGGACGGUGUCUCGCCCACACCCACCGAUGGCCUCGGCACAGGGGGUGAGCGAGAUGCUGGCAAAGGCCUGGAGAUGCGGAAGCUGGUGCUCUCCGGUUUCUUGGCCAGCGAGGAGAUCUACAUCAACCAGCUGGAGGCCCUCUUGUUGCCUAUGAAGCCACUGAAGGCCACGGCCACUACGUCGCAGCCUGUCCUCACCCUCCAGCAGAUCGAGACGAUUUUCUACAAGAUCCAGGAUAUCUACGAGAUCCACAAGGAGUUCUACGACAGCCUGUGCCCGAAGGUGCAGCAGUGGGACAGCAACGUCACCAUGGGCCACCUCUUCCAGAAGCUGGCCAGCCAACUGGGGGUCUACAAGGCCUUUGUGGAUAACUACAAAAUCGCACUGGAGACGGCAGAGAAGUGCAGCCAGAGCAACUACCAGUUCCAGAAGAUCUCGGAGGAGCUGAAGGUGAAGGGCCCCAAGGACUCGAAGGAGAGCCACACGUCCGUCACCAUGGAGGCGCUGCUGUACAAACCCAUUGACCGGGUGACACGGAGCACCCUCGUCCUGCAUGACCUCCUCAAGCACACCCCGGCCGACCACCCGGACUACCCGCUGCUCCAGGACGCCCUCCGCAUCUCACAGAACUUCCUCUCCAGCAUCAAUGAGGACAUCGAUCCCCGGAGGACAGCGGUCACCACCCCCAAGGGGGAGACCCGGCAGCUUGUCAAGGAUGGCUUCUUGGUGGAGCUGUCGGAGGGCUCGCGGAAGCUGCGGCACGUCUUCCUCUUCACCGACGUGCUGCUCUGUGCCAAGCUGAAGAAGACGGCUGUGGGGAAGCACCAGCAGUACGACUGCAAGUGGUACGUGCCCCUGGCCGACCUGGUGUUCCCCUCGCCGGAGGAGUCGGAGCACUGCCCGCAGGUCCACGUCAUCCCUGACCACGAGCUGGAGGACAUGAAGAUGAAGAUCUCAGCCAUCAAGAGUGAGGUGCAGAAGGAGAAAGCCAACAAGGGGCAGAGCCGGGCCAUCGAGCGCCUCAAGAAGAAGAUGUUUGAGAACGAAUUCUGGCUGCUCCUCAACUCGCCCGCCAUCCCUUUCCGCAUCCACAACCGCAACGGGAAGAGCUACCUCUUCCUGCUGUCGUCUGACUACGAGAGGUCCGAGUGGAGGGAGGCCAUUCAGAAACUGCAGAAAAAGGACCUCCAGGCCUUUGUCCUGAGCUCGGUGGAGCUGCAGGUGCUCACGGGAUCCUGCUUCAAGCUACGCACCGUCCACAACAUCCCGGUCACCAGCAAUAAGGAUGAUGACGAGUCCCCCGGGCUCUACGGGUUCCUGCACGUCAUCGUCCACUCCGCCAAGGGCUUCAAGCAGUCUGCCAAUCUUUACUGCACGCUGGAGGUGGACUCCUUCGGCUACUUUGUCAGCAAAGCCAAGACCAGGGUUUUCCGGGACACCACCGAGCCACAGUGGAAUGAGGAGUUUGAGAUCGAACUGGAGGGCUCCCAGUCCCUGCGUAUCCUCUGCUACGAGAAGUGCUACGAUAAGACCAAGCUCAACAAGGACAACAAUGAAAUCGUGGACAAGAUUAUGGGCAAGGGGCAGAUCCAGCUGGACCCACAGGCCGUGCAGACGAAGAACUGGCACAUGGAUGUGAUUGAGAUGAACGGGAUCAAGGUGGAGUUCUCCAUGAAGUUCACAAGCAGAGACAUGAGCCUGAAGAGGACCCCAUCCAAAAAGCAGACCGGCGUCUUCGGGGUCAAAAUCAGCGUCGUGACAAAGCGCGAGCGCUCCAAGGUGCCUUACAUCGUGCGCCAGUGCAUCGAGGAGGUGGAGAAGAGGGGUAUCGAAGAGGUCGGCAUCUACAGGAUCUCUGGUGUCGCCACUGACAUCCAGGCGUUGAAAGCCGUCUUCGAUGCAAAUAACAAGGACAUCCUGGUCAUGCUGAGUGACAUGGACAUCAAUGCCAUCGCCGGCACGCUGAAGCUGUACUUCCGUGAGCUGCCUGAGCCCCUCCUCACUGACAGACUCUACCCCGCCUUCAUGGAGGGGAUCGCCCUCUCGGAUCCUGCUGCCAAGGAGAACUGCAUGAUGCACCUUCUCCGCUCGCUGCCUGACCCCAACCUCAUCACCUUCCUCUUCCUGCUGGAGCACUUGAAAAGGGUAGCUGAAAAGGAGCCUAUCAACAAAAUGUCUCUCCACAACCUGGCCACGGUCUUCGGGCCAACACUGCUGAGACCCUCAGAGGGGGAGAGCAAGGCACAUCUCACCCUGGCCUCCGACAUCUGGUCCCACGACGUGAUGGCCCAGGUCCAGGUCCUUCUCUACUACCUGCAGCAUCCUCCCAUCUCCUUCACUGAGCUGAAACGCAACACACUUUACUUCUCCACGGACGUGUAGCCUGCAGGGAGAAGGCACCAGCUGCAAACACUCCCAGCUCCCUGCUGGGGGACACGGACUGGAUCGCAGCCCCCCAGGGAGACCGGCCCGGACCCAGGACGGUGCCGCCUGCAGCUCCUGUACAAUCGCGUACCAGUGGCCCGGUCCUACCCCAGGCGCCGUGCCUCUCUGUAAAGUAGUCGUGUCUUAUGUCCCUUCUUGUGUUCAAGAAUUGGUUUUAUGUAUAUUUGUUCAACGGAAGAGGUAGUGACUGACAAGGGCUGUGGACACAGGCUUCCCCCUUGGCUAGUUUUCUCCUGGACUCCUUUCUGCCUGCUCGCUCCUACCAGGCACCCCUCGUCUCACCCAGCUCGAAGCCUGCAGUGUCCCACGAGUGCCUGUUUCGCUGCCCAGCUCCCCUGCCCCACGCCUGCAUGUGCAGCACCGGCUUGCUUCAGAGCCUGGGAGCUCACGGGCUUCCCUCCCCGGUGACGGUGAUGACCAGCUCUGCUUUGGCUUGCUGCCUGCGCAAACGUUGGACCCCGUGCCUGGAUCCUGCUCUGGCCCGAGCAAACCUGCGACCACGAGAGCAGAGGAGCGGGGUGCUGCUUCCUCCUCGCCACGUCUCUUCUGGGUGCUUUCAGGCCAGUCCCCUCUACAGCCCUUAUCGUGCGCUUUGCCUGUGUGCGUGUAGCGUGGCGGUUACUUCCCUCGCUGUAUCUCGCCUCCAAGUAGCGUUUUGGGUAACCUGUCACACAAGGCUGGAGCGAGAGGUGCUGUGCUGGUCUCGAUCCACGGCCAGCCGGGCAGGUCUGCUUCCUCCGCCACAGGCUGACCCCAGGGCAGUGCUCUGGCACUGACGGGGGUCCCAUCAGGGCAUGUGGAUCCCAGUUUCCCCAACAAGCCCUGGCGGGGCGGGGAACAGGGUCCCUGCCGUUGCCGUACACCCGUAUCUCUGCCGCAGCGAGGCGCGCACGCCCCUGCCAGCCCAGCACUGCCGCAAGGACUGCCGACACUGGCUGUGCCCUGUGGCAGAGCCUGCCGGGGCACCAGCAUUCCUGAUGUGGCCACAAGAAUGGGGAGGUUUUUGUUUCCCUCCUUGGCCUUCCCCACUGCCCUGGGCAAAUGGCAGCACAUGGCCCUGCCUCGGUGCCAGCCAGGCUGACAGAGGCAAGCGCUCUGCGGCAGCUGGAUGGUCACCCAGCCUGGAAACCAGCGCAGAGGGACAGGAGGAGGAAAGCCUUCGUGGCCCUCACUACUGAAGGCAGAAGUGCUUCAUUUUCUCUUUCUCACAAAGCAGUUGCUGCUGGAUUAGCCGUGCCCAGCCAGCUCAGGUCCAUUUUAGUUAGUGGCUCCAGUUCCUGACCCCCAGGCUGAUGGCUGGAGUUGUCAUGCCAUGUCCCAAGGCAGGACAGCCACAUGUCUGUGCUCGCUGCCAGGCUGUGCUCCGGCUGCCCGAGUGCCUGGCUCCCGGUAUGUCCCCCACCUUCCCACACUCACAGGUAGGUACUGGUACCUGUUGGGACACAAAACCUUUCGCUCUGUGAGCCGAGUCCGUGUCCUUGUGGGAAAGCUCCCCCUCCCCGAUUGCGUUGGCCCCGUGCUCUCCUGUGCCAAAUGGAGAUGGAUGAGAAGUGACCAAGCGUAUCCCUGCUAGCAGCGGCGUUGCCUUUACCCUCCUGACUAACAGACUGUUCCAGGUAGAGCCCGGCCGCCUGCCACUGAUGCACCAGGUAUGUCCAAAGCCCACCUCCCCGGGGAAGGCAGCACUUGCCAGCCCCGCACCAGCAAAGCGACUAAAGGAGGGGAGGUCUUUCAGUCCCCCUCCAAAGGGCUCACACUCCAGACCCUGCUCCUCUUGACUACCAGCUAAACAGAAGGGAAACAGCAUUGCAGAAAAGAACCAGGCGUCUGUCUUGGCCCUGGACCCAGUAAGGAGGCCGAGUUUUAGAUCUGACUGCACAAUGGAUCCCUGUGUGUGUCUGAUUUGUUACAUGUGUCCAAGUCUCUGUCCACGAUACUGUCAUUCCAGAUGGAGACUCUGUACAGCCAAAUUCCCCCCGCGCGACAGUGGCUGGAGGCCCGGUCCACACAGCCCUGGCACAACAGGCUGCGGCCGUCCCCAUGACUGGCUUUUGCUUGUCCCUACAGGAAGGAAGAAGGGGGGUGGACUCUUGCAGCUACAGGUAGAAUAGAACUGUUAAUUAAUAUUUGACUUUCAAAAGUUGUUAAGGAUAUAUUUUUGUUUGUGUUCUGUUUCAAUUUCUGUAGAUUAUAAACUUUAAAUGGCUGUAAACCAUGUGAGGAGAAAAAAAAUGUUAAUAAAAAUGCAAAGCCCCAACAUUUGCACAAAAGGA